AUGGCAGCGGUGGAUGCCGAGGCUCCCUUUCUCGAGGGCAAGGAGGAGCCACUGGCCGGGGUCUCCGACUUCCGCGGCCGCCCCGUCUACCGCGCCACCUCCGGCGGGUGGCGCUCCGCCAUCUUCGUCGCCGUGGUGGAGGGCGCCGGCAGUUUCGUCUACUACGGCGUGUCGGCCAACUUGAUCACGUACAUGACAGGGCCGCUCGGCCACUCCAACGCGGAGGCUGCCGCGGCGGUGAACGUGUGGACGGGGACGGCCAGGCUCAUGCCGCUGCUGGGCGCCUUCGUCGCCGACUCCUGGCUGGGCCGCUACUGGUCCAUCAUCCUCGCCUGCACCCUCUACGUCCUGGGUUAUGGCAUGAUCACUCUAGCAUCCACACUCCUGACUCAGCGACCAUCAUCGACCCUCGACAACGACCCCUCUUCUAACCCUUUGUCGCCGCAGGUGGCCUUCUUCUAUGUCUCCCUCUAUCUCAUUGCCCUCGCGCAGGGUGCUGACAAGCCUUGUGGACUUGCCUUUGCUGCCGAUCAAUUCGACGCUGAGCACCCUAGGGAGUGUGCCGCCCGCAGCUCCUUCUUCAAUUGGUGGCACUUCUCCAUAUCCAUUGGUAUCGCUGUCGCCAUCAUUGCCGUCAGCUACAUCCAGGAGAAUCUUGGUUGGGGAAUUUGUUUUGGCAUGCUCUGCACCGUCAUGAUUUGCGCCUUCAUCGUCUUCCUCCUUGGUAUUCCCACCUAUCGCCUCCACGUAUCCAUCAUUGGAUCCGGCAGCCCCUUUAUCCGUCUCGGCUGUAAUCUCAUCACGCUUGCAAGAAACUCAGGCUUCUCCUCCCAUGCUAAAACUCACAUGCAUGAAGAUGAAGACGCUACAACCAACUUGGAGGAGGCGCGCGGCGUGUUACGGCUACUGCCGAUCUGGGUUGCAUGUCUAGCAUAUGGUGUGGUAUUCGUGCAGAUCACGACACUUUUUAACAAGCAGGGCCACACCCUAGAUUGCCAUAUCUUUGGUAGCCUAGUGCUACCACCAGCCAUGUUGCAGACGUUUUGGCCAGCAUCUGUCUUGUUGUUCGUUCCCUUCUAUGAUCGAGUUCUAGUGCCGACGCUACGUUGUCUGACGGGUAUUCCAACUGGGCUGACACAACUUCAACGACUAGGCACAGGCAUGGCUAUGUCGCUUGCCGCCAUGUGUGUGGCGGCAUUGGUGGAGACCCAGAGGCUAGAGAUGGCACGUGUGCACAACCUAGUUGAAGAUACCGAUGCGACGGUCCCGAUGAGCUGGUCAUGGCUGGUGCCACAGUACGUGAUGGUCGGGGUGGCGGACGUGUUCGUGAUAGUUGGGAUGCAGGAGUUCUUUUAUGACCAGAUGCCCAGCGAGCUUCGUAGCCUUGGCAUAGCGCUCUACUGCAGUGUGAUUGGCAUCGGUGGCUUCAUCAGCGGCACUCUCAUCUCACUCAUUGACCGCAUCACACGCGAAGGCGGUGGCGAUAGCUGGUUCUCUGACAACCUCAACCGCGCCCACCUCGACUACUUCUACUGGCUGCUUGCCGGCCUCAGUGCGGUAGAGCUCGCGCUCUACAUCUUCUUCGCUAGAGCCUACACCUACAAGGACAAGAGAGACUUUUGA